AUGCAUAAUGUUCAGUUCCCCCCUUCACCACCACAAUCCCCAGCCGGCUCAGAAUCAGUAAACUUCCGUGGACCACGAGGUUGUUCCGCAGACUAUCCUACACCUGCCUCUUCCCAACCCGGGUACAAAGCACGCCAACCUCAACAAGCGAAAGCAAGUCGAUAUUCUCUUCCUCCCACGCCAGAGUCGAGAAUAGGUAUCAUCCUGGGAAAGUCGCUACAGCUUCGAAGUAUCCUCGGGACUGGUGCCUACGGAGUUGUUUAUUCUGCGUUCGACUACGUUUCUAAUACCUGGUAUGCUGUCAAGGCCCUGAGCAAAACCAACCCAAAUGGAGAACCCUUGGACAGGAGACAGCGAGAGUUCCAAUCCCGGGAAAUCCAACUUCACUAUGCGGCGUCUGCACAUCCUAACAUAGUCUCUAUGCUCAAGAUUGUGGAUGACCCAGAGUGUAUCUACGUUAUUCUGGAAUUCUGUCCAGAAGGAGACCUUUUCUCAAACAUCACUGAGAAGGGCAUAUACGUGAGUAAUGACACUCUUGUCCAGAGAGCCUUCCUCCAGAUCUUGGAUGCGGUUGAGCAUUGCCAUCGACUUGGGAUCUACCAUCGAGACCUGAAGCCCGAGAAUAUCUUGGUUUCCAACGGUGGCCAUGAUGUCCUGCUUGCGGAUUUUGGCUUGGCGACCACCGAAGAGGACUCCGAGGACCAUGGUUGCGGAUCCACGUUUUAUAUGAGCCCAGAAUGCCUGGAUCAAUCUUCAAGAAAACCAUCAUAUAAAUCUGCCCCUAACGAUGUCUGGUCUCUUGGCGUCAUUCUGGUCAACCUUGCCUGUGGCCGUAAUCCAUGGAAGCAAGCUUCUGAUGAAGAUUCCACCUACAAGGCGUUCAAGAAGGACCCGAAUUUCUUGAAGACCAUCUUGCCUCUAUCAGAUGAGCUGAACGACAUUCUUGGUGAGGUCUUCCAGAGCGACCCAAGGGACAGGAUUAGCGUUUCCGAGCUGAAGAGUCGCAUUUUCCACUGCCAGAGUUUCUCCGCCCCACCACAGCAAACUGGACGCAUCUCGCUUGCGACACCACCCGCCUCACCACACGCCGCUCAAUUCAAUGUCUCCAACAUAUCAUCCACCUCUUCUGGCUCACAGUCAUCGUAUGAUUCGGAUGAAGGCUCCAUGCUCUCGUCUGGGUCAUCUUCCUCGGACGAGUCUGAUUUCUGUGACAGUCCGGAGACCUCUCCUACUUCAAUGGAUGUUGAACCCCCUACACAACCCUUGGAUGAGAGCUCGACCUCUGCCCUGACUACAGGUCCCACCCACCGUCAGCCUUUGGCUGAUGUUACGAACCAGAUGCCUAUGCAAUAUUACUCGCUUCCGCCACACGGCAACACUUUUCAGAAACCCACUGCUCAUUGCUACUCGCCGUAUGAGCAGCCUUACUCGUAUGGCAACUUCAACCAUGGGCAACCGUUCUACUACCAUCCACACAACUUUUACAGCCAACAGGCUCAAGCAUACUGA